UCUGUACGCACAAGCAGGCUCGAAGUUACAUUCUGAAAGUACAUGAAUCACUCAGAAUAGGAUCAAUGCUUCAUUCCACCAAUAUGUAUUCUAUGCUUUCGAAACCAGCUAUGACGACAUGAAGCAGCAUCGCAUGAAAUGUUCCAAGACCACCAGCAACCUCCAUCUACUCAGACCCAUCUGCUCAAAAGUACUGCACAGCGUGUAUGCCUCCGAAGAAGAAGAAGGUGCAAGCUACAGAAGCUGAAGAUCUUAAAACGGAGGAAGGAGACGCCGUAGCUAGUCCUGCUCCAACACGGAAAGCACGAGCAGCAAAGAGCAAAGCUACACAAUCUCUGUCUGCCGCUGCCGAAGAAGAGUCUGGUGAAGAAGAGCAAGCUGAGCCAAAGGCAGCAUCUACUAGUCAGUCGAAGCGGAAGGCCAAAACUGAAAAGGCGGAAGACUUGCAACCAGUUACCCGCGAGGGAGAUGCUGACACAACUGCAACGCCUGUCAAAAAGAAGGCCAAGCGCCAGCCCAAAGUUGCUGAACCAGAAGAACCUCUCAAGAUGCGUACAACGACAGCAAAGAUGCUUGUCGGAGCACAUGUUAGCAUGGCGAAGGCCAUUGGCAACGCUGUCACCAAUGCUAAUCACAUUGGAGCAAGUUCAUUUGCCCUCUUCCUCAAAAAUCAACGCAAGUGGGAAUCUCCUGCUAUGAAGCCAGAGGAUGCAGCAGAUUUCAGAGAUCGAAUGGUCAAAUUUGGCUAUGAUCCCAAGCGUGAUGUGUUGCCUCAUGGAAGCUAUUUGAUCAAUCUUGCCAAUGAUGACAAAGACAAACAGCAACAGGCAUACUCGUGCUUCCUCGAUGACCUGCAUCGCUGCGAAGAGCUUGGCAUCAAUAGAUACAAUUUUCAUCCUGGAAGUACGGCAUCGAGUUCGCGGGAGAAGGGCAUAGCCAAUUUGACCGGGCGCCUGAACCAAGCCAUCAAGGAGACUCAAUUCGUUACAAUCGUUGUUGAGAAUAUGGCCGGCCACGGAAAUAUCAUCGGGGGGCCGCUUGAAGAGCUGGCAGACAUCAUAUCCCAGAUCGAAGACAAAUCUCGCAUUGGCGUGUGCUUGGAUACAUGCCAUCUGUUUGCUGCUGGCCACGACUUGCGUACGCAGGAGGCAUACGACACGCUCAUGGGCAAGUUUGAUAGGCUCGUUGGCUUCAAGUACUUGCGCGGAAUGCAUCUGAAUGACUCAAAGGCAGAUCUAGGCGCAAACAAGGACUUGCACCAAAAUAUUGGCCAGGGUUAUCUCGGUCUCGAGGCUUUCAGAUGUCUGAUGAACGACAAGAGGCUUGAAGGCAUCCCGCUUGUUCUCGAGACGCCUUGCGAAGACUUGAACAACAAGGUUGAUCAAGCUAUCUGGGCGACAGAAAUCAAGCUCCUGGAAUGGCUUGUCGGGAAGCCAGCUGACGACAAAGAAGUUGUAGCCAAGGCAAAAGAGCUGCAAGCUCUGGGAGCUGCAGAUCGAGAAAAGGCUGUGAUUGCAGCACAGAAGAAGGCCGCCAAGGCAUCGACACCGAAGAAGAAAAAGGGCAAGACGGCUGCGCUAAGUGAACUGGACAGCGACUAAGGCGAGGACUUUGCUACCAAAUCCCGAUUGGUUUCAAAGUGUUCCUUUUCAAUAGCGUGAUCUUCGAAAGCAAUGUCAUUGACAACUGUGCCUUUCUUGAACCACUGAAACGAGAGAUCGUUAAAGACAUUGUUGUGCUCAAAGUUGGUCGGCAGCUGAGCCUGAGAGAGCAGCGGACCAGCAGCCAGGAUGCAAGGUGACUCAUCGUUAAGCUUCUUUGUCGAGUAGAUGUCUGGAUAAUGAGUCAGAUCGUUCCCCAGGAGGACGAUCCUGCUGAUGUUUGACGCCGUCCAGAAAUUGCGAAGAAUCGUCUCAUACACAGAUUUGGGUACAUGCGGUGCAAAUAUAAGCAUGGUCGUGUUUUCUUCAAUAGCGUCGAUAGCCUUGCUGUAGCAAAGGCCUUGUGCGACCGACACAGGCUUCAAGGCUAAUUUCCCAAGCAGU